UUAACUCUUUCCCGCCCGGUCCCCUUUGAGCCCAUCCGAGGGACUUCCGCGCUUUGAUCGGAGGAGGGACUUCGGCAGCGUCUUUUCAACCGAUUUAAAACCUGCCCAUGUCGAAAAACGACGCAGCAGCCGCUUUCCGCCUCGAGGUGCUCCCCCCAAGAGAGGGGGGCGGGACUACAACUCCCAUCACCCGUGCCGCGUGGGGAUGAUGGGAAACCGCUUCCCGAUCCCAAGACAUCCCGCUUCUGGAUUGCUGCCCAUUUUUAAUCUUCUUCACAGGCGGCCGGAAAUCCUCCAAGCAUGAGCGGCCACAUCUCCCACCUCCCCGAAGACAUCCUGCUGGAGAUCCUUGCCUGGGUUCCUUGCAAAGAGCUGAUCCUCAGCUGCCGCCUGGUCUGCUCCCAGUGGCGAGACCUGGUCGACUUGACAGUGCUGUGGAAGCGCAAGUUUGAGCAGUGGAAAAAGUAUUGCUUGGAAAGGAGCGCGGUCGGCGACCCGUGGCUUCUUCCGCCCAAACAGGACAGAUACAUUUUCGGCCACCUGGAGAGAAAUCUGAUCAGGAACCCUUGCGGUAAAGAGGGUAUGGACUUCUGGGAAAUAGAGACACCCUCGGAAGGCCAGUGGGAAAUCAAGGCAGUGGACAAGAUUGCCUCAAAGAUCCUGUCAAAAGAUUUUUUUCAGAGGAGCGCUAAACUGGCAGAAAGGCCUACCCAUCUGGUCAGCACAUGCUUUACCACUACCAAAGGGCUCUGUUCCAAGUCUCAACGCAUCACUCUGAAAGAUCAUGGCUAUUGGGAAGAUCUGAUGGAUACCGCCAGGCCGACCAUUGAAGUGAAGGAGUGGUUCUGCUCCGACGGCUACAACUACGAGCUGAGUGUGAAGCUGUUAUCGGCCGACAACGAAGUCGUUCGGGAAUACUCUUCCAUGACGUCCGCGUGGUACCUGAUGAACGAUGGCACGUGGGAGGAGGUGUCGUACACGUUCCAUGACUGCCCGCCCGGAGUCCGCCAGAUCCUCUUCCAGCACAAGGGUGGAGGUAAGGAUGAGACCGAGUCCAAGCACGAUGCGAAAAUAACCAAAAGCAGCGUCACUGUCGGCCCGUGUUCUGGAAGAACUGACGACGACGAUUCCGACGACGAUUCCGACGACGAUUCUGACCACUGUUGGGAUCGUGAAACCUACGCCUUCUGUAAGGAUGACGAUGGCUUUUUCUGCUUCCCCGAAGAAUACGACUGGGACUGAAAGGCAGCCCGUCUGGGACCAUCAUUGCCACCAUCCGAGUCCAAUUCGGGAUGGUCCCGACGUCUCUCAAAGGGUACGGGUGACGCGGCCCCGAGGGGGGGGCAUAUCUUGUUCCUCAAGUGUUAGCCCCUCAGGUCGUUUUUGACAAGCUUUGCCUGGUUCCCUACAAGACAUCCGUGCAGGGAACCAGGCGUCGCUACACAAACUCCUGCGCCGUGACGUUUCGCUGAAUGAGGUUCAGAGUCCGGGUGGCCUUGUAGGGUGAGAGCCAUGUGGUGGAUCCCCAAGGUUGGGGCAUAUUUUACCCCUAUAAAUUUCACAGACUAGGGCAAAAAAAGUACCUCUGAAAGUAUCUAUUAUCUAUCUAUCUAUCUAUCUAUCUAUCUAUCUAUCUAUCUAUCUAUCUAUCUAUCUAUCUAUCUAUCUAUCUAUCUAUCUAUCUAUCUAUCUAAUCUAUCUAUGAAACAGAACUCCAAGGCUGUUUUCCAAAGGCAGCACCCGUUUGCACACGUCCAGCCCCUUCAGUCAUUUACAUUCCAGACGUUGUGCAUAAGGAGCAGGGUCGUAGAUGGAGGCACUGAAUUGUCCCCUUCAGGUUGGGUGAUGGUUAAAUAGGGCAAAGCAGGAUUUGAGGUGGGUGGGUUAGGGGCAUGACAGACUAGCAUAUCAUCCUUACUUAGCGUGUGCAUUUUCUGCACAGCGUUCCAGUGCAUAGUGUUAUCGCGAAGGAAAUGGCCAGUCAUGUCUCCUUGCCAUCACAGGAUGGGGAUCUCACCUUGGGUGUGGGGUGGAUUCCCCCCCCCUUACAACCUGCUCAGAUUGUCCCUAGCUUUCUUUCAAAGUAAAACGGCUCUAUCUUAACAUAUCUGAAGACUCCUGGACCCAGCUGCUGUGGAGAACUCAUCAUCCUCAUCUUAGAAUGGCAGAGCUGGAAGGGACCUUGUGGAUUCCUGAGUCCAGCCCCGUUCAGGGGGCCGAGUGGGGAAUCUAACCCCUAAUCUGUGGCUCCACAACCAGGGGGCCUAAACCACUCAGCUAACCUACUGCGGAUACCCCUGCGCUUGGCACGUUUUAGAAGGGGAAACGGGCUUUAAAUGGAACCAGAAUAAAUAAAUGCUGUACAUACCGCUCAAAAA